CGCUUCUGAAAAUUUUCAUGGACUGUCGAUGUGACGCACCAAUCAUCUUGCGACAGUUUGACCUUCAAGUGCUCGCAGCCUUCGCCAGUGAACGGUACCCCUGAAGCGUUGCCUGAGAGCGUUGUGAUGUAAUGGGCUUACUUAAGCGAUUUCCCAAGAAUUUAGGACAAACAUCUGAAACCUAAUAAUAAUUGGCUGACGAGCUGUUACGUGAAACCUACUGUUACAUCGUUAAUACAUCAGAACUCGUUCUUUCUCGUAAUUCGGCUACUUCGUCAUCGUUCGUGUAUACGUAAUAGACUGCUGAACCAGCAAACGUACUUCAAUCUUUCCCCACAGUUUACUGAAAACAACUUACUUUUCAGCUAACUCAGAUGGUCACUGUGGACUUUUUAAGUACAUUCUCUCGGCUUCCUAAACUUAUCGUGUUCGAUCUCGACUUCACUCUAUGGCCUCUGUGGUGCGACACUCACGUUUAUCCUCCAUUCAUACGAAAAAAUAACACUGUAUACGAUGCUAGUGAGAGACGAGUUGAUGUCUACUCAGAUGCGCAAGUAAUAUUGAGGAUGAUCAAAGAGUCUCCGAAAAUUAAAUUGGGAUGUGCUUCACGUACUUCUGCUGUCGAUGUUGCUCGACAACUUCUACAAGCUCUUAAUUGGUCGGAUUUAUUUGAUUACACAGAAAUCUACCCUGGGUCUAAAACUGCUCACUUUAAGAGGAUUCCAUGUGAGGGCUUGUCUUGUGACGCAGUUGGGUGCUUUCCUCAAUGUGUGUCCUAUCCACUUCCAGCGCUUCUUCCUGAUUUCUUCCUCCACUGGGAUCUGGUUUGUUCUCUCCCACAAUUUCAUGAAUUAUCUGGUAUAGACUAUGCGGACAUGUUAUUUUUCGAUGAUGAAACUCGUAAUAUUCAUGAAAUUUCCAAAUUAGGUGUACAAUGUCAUUUAGUUCAACAUGGAAUAACAUUAAAUCUCUUAGAAGAUGCAUUAAGAAACUUUCAGCAACAAAGAAGAAUUCAUGAAUAUUUAAAUUAACUAAGUUUUUUUCAUUGUAGUUAUUCCGUAAAUGCAAAAUUAUUAUUAUUUUUUAAAGAAUAAAUUGUUUUGUUUCUGUGUUUUGAA